AUGGGGAUAACCAUAAGGUACGGUGCUCGUUGUAAUGAGUGUGAUUAUGUAUGUAAAACUUAUCAAGAGUGUAACUGCUGUCGUUGGUGCUGUAAAAAAUGUAAGACUAGCAGUGGUUGCUAUCUAUGUUACGAUGGUUUUUUCUACAGGAACUCAGGUAACAAGGACUGCCAUCCUAAAGGAUGUAAAUCCCAAACUCAACAGUGUCCCGACUUUAACACAUGUGGAUGUACAUGUUGUCUCGCUAAACGUCCGCGUGCAGAAGUUGCCGCCGUCACCCUUUCAUCCCCCGGUGCUGAGUCUCAAACCCGUGCACUAAGUGGUACCAGCAGUCAAAAUGAUUUCAUCGACGACCUUCAUGAACAAGACUCCACACCUUCCCCCCCUCCCUACUCCGCCAUCGCCGCCAUCAUCGUUGCCAUCAUCGUCGCCAUCAUCCUGCUCGACCUGUGCAUCUUCCGCUUCCCGGUGGGCCGCAACAUCCGCGAUUUCCUCGUACGCAAGAUACCCUUCUGCAUCGCGUUUUACAGCUGA